CGCUGUCAGACCUCAUAGCGCCCUUUGAUCGACCCAGGCUUACCCCGUAUAAUUCUCCAGCAUCUUCAGUGUUUACCUGCUGUCUUCGAGUUGCCUGAAUCACCUCUCUCGACUUUCUGUCCCGUGCUGCUUACGAGGGGCAGCAGCGCAUACGAAGCAUUUCAAGCAUCACGCAAACACUUCCAUCUCCAAGGCGCAAAGAUGCCUUCGCCAGAUUCUGAGUCGCCAGACGAGAGCUACUUCAACGAUCUGACCCAGCAGCUCCCCAAGACCAACACCGACGGGCAAUCGCCGACACGAAACAACAGCCAAGAUGCGCAGAACGACAACGCGGCGAAGCAAAAGAGGAUAGCCUGUGUUCUGUGUCGCAAGAGGAAGCUGCGAUGUGAUGGUGAUCGGCCGACGUGCGGGACAUGCAAACGGCUGUCGCAUGACUGCGCGUACGACGAGGUGCGCAAGAAGAGCGGACCGAAGAGAGGCUAUGUGAAGUUGCUCGAGCAACGACUGCAGCAAGUCGAGACGUUACUCCAGAGCCAGAACUCGACCGAAUCGAACAAAGGUCAAGGCACGGCCACCGCCACCGCCUACGCCGCGAACACGGUACAAGGCACGUCUGCCACGCGAACCCAGUCCUCGAACCCUUUCGAUAAGUCGCUAGAGAACGUCCUCGAUGCGAGGAAAGCUUCGGUCCCCCCAUACCAGAAUGAUACGGCCAACACAAAUGGCGCAGAGUCGGAGUCUAACCGAUGGGAGAUGAUCAGCCUGGGUCUAGAAGAACCGCUGCCUCCUGAGGAUGUUAUGGAGGAGCUAUACCAGAUCUACUUCACGAAGGUACAUCCAUCGCUACCGCUCGUCCACCGCCCACGAUUCCUGGCUGCGCUAGACCUCGCACCUCACAUGAGACCGCCAGUAUGUCUGCGAUAUGCGAUGUGGACAAUGGCGGCUUCAGUGGCGGAUAGAUAUGAUGCACUUCAGGCACACUUCUACCACCGAGCAAGGAAGUACGCGCAACUGGACGAGAUGCGGGGACAUGGGGAGUCGACGAUCACGCUCGCCCACUGUCAAGCGUGGGGUCUGAUGUGCACAUACGAGUUCAAGAACAUGUACUUUCCGCGAGCAUGGUUGUCUGCUGGUCGCGCUGUCAGACUGGCCCAGAUGAUGCAGCUCCACCGCCUGGACGGUGUUGGACUGGAUGUCAAGCAGUGCCUGCCACCGCCGAAGGAUUGGACCGAGAGGGAGGAGCGCCGGCGGACGUUCUGGGUGUGCUUCGCUAUGGACCGCUAUGCAAGCAUUGGCACCGGCUGGCCGAUGAUCAUCGAUGAGAAAGACAUAAUGACAAACUUCCCUGCGAGCGAAGAAGCGUUCGAAAGGAGCAAGGCCAUGUCCACAGGAUCCCUCGAGCAAGCUCUGGGCCCUAUGGGUGCAGCGAAAUUGGAGUCGCUUGGUGCCAUUGUCCUCACAGCGGCAAUGUUCGGUCGCAACCUGCUGCAUUUGCAUCGGCCAACUCCAGAUGACAACGACAGCGACCUUAACGGUGGCUUCUGGACCCGACAUCGUCACCUCGAGCAGAUCCUGCUCCAGACCUCGCUUCGUAUGCCGGAUCAUUUGCGCUUACCUAGCGGACGCGACAACCCCAACGUGGUAUUCGCGAACAUGUGCAUCCAGACUUCUGCGAUCUGCCUACACCAAGCAGCAAUUUUUAAAGCCGACAAGCACCAGUUGCCGGUGAGCGUUGGCAAUGAAAGCAAGAUCCGGUGCGUGACUGCAGCCGCAGAGAUCGCGUCCAUAAUGCGCACGAUCAGCCACAUGGAUCUUUCAGCAACGAACCCCUUCAUCUCUUUCUGCGUCUACGUAGCCGCGAGAGUAUUCGUUCAAUAUCUAAAGACACGGCCCAAUGAUCAGCAGAUGAACUCUUCACUGCAAUUCCUACUCCAGGCAAUGCAAGCUUUGCGCCGCAAAAAUCCCUUGACUGAAUCGUUUCUGGUUCAGCUAGACCUCGAUCUCGAAGGCGCUGGCAUUCAGAAGCCGUACACGCCAGUCAAGAAGAAGAACGCUGUCAUACCCGUCAACUCCGAUCCAGUUGGCUGCAGCUCGAUCUACGAGAUCCGCGAGACCCAAGCUCAAAGCGCACCUAUCAACCAGUGGGCAGAAACCAGAGCGGGCUCGUCAAACCCCACUCCGCAACCGAACCGCUUCGGCAGCCAAACGCAUCCCGAACUCGGCCAGUCGAGCAACAAUGGCAUCGAUGUCGGUUGGGAUCGAAUGACGCCCGGUACGCUGCGGAACUUGCAAGAUCUCGGGCAGAACCUCUCAGCAGACAGGAGCGGUGUGCCUACCACUGCAACAUUCGUCUUCAACGAAAACAAGGGAAACAACAUGGACCAGAAAUCCGCACCCGGCACGACAGGCGGCAGCGGCAUCGAAAUCGCUCCUCAGCCUGCUCCAUUCCUACCUAUACGAAACACACAAGAAGUGAACCAAGGCUUUUCAGCCCAUGGAGGCGCUGUGCCAGGCGCGGCAACGUUCAUCUUCAACGAGAACAGUGGCAACGACAUGGACCUAUCCGGCGACCAGCUCAGUCCUGCCACCAUGAGCUCGCAGUCCCGGGGCGGCUCGACAUCGCACUCGUCGUACUCGCCCGGCCAGCAGACAGAACACCACCUCCCCUACCGCGCCUCUCCACGCUUCACGAGCAGCCAGAUGCCCAUGUCGCAGCAGCUCCCGUCCCAGAGCACUGGCUCGGCACCGCUCGCUCCCUUGUACCAGACGAACGACGCCAACCGCGAUCUCCCCAUGAACGCGUAUCCCUCAGACGCCAUCCACAACGGCGCGUACGACAACAGCUUCGAUUGGGAGCUGAGCGCGAUGGGCGGCGAGAUGGGCGGCGAGAUGGGCAUGGGACAGGACGUGGACGCAGGGAUGACGCCGGGGACGUGGAAUAGCAUGCUGGAAAGCGUGAUGGAGAGUGUGCCGAUGGGGUGGGACGUGUUGGGGACGCCGCACGGGGCGAACGUCGAUGCUGCAGGGAAUGGGCGGGGUUGAUAAUACGUUGUGAUUGCGUUUGGAGUGUUUGGUUGGAAGGUGUUUGUUUGGAUACCCACUCGCUUUUGGCGCUCGCAUUGUAGUAUGGAUGGUUGGGAGUUGGCGUUUUGGGUGCGGUAGACUCGCCACUCUGGUACGAUGAGCACAUCACCUGCGUAUACAAUGAACACAUUACCUGCGUAUACGAUGAGCACAUUACCUGCGUAUACGAUGAGCACAUCAUCUGCGUAUACAAUGAAC